AUGUCUUUCAAACGUGCUGGAAUCUUCUCGCCAAACCCAUUGACUACCAGAGGGGUCUCAACUAAGCUCAGCGCGCAGAAGGAUAAAAUCGUCUACACGAAUGGAAAGGUCGUAAUUAUACGCGAUUUGAAUAACCCCGCUUCGUCGACGGCGUACACUGAGCACGUUAAGGAUCCCACUGUAGCCCGAAUUUCACCUUCAGGGUAUUACUGCGCGUCCGCCGACAUCAGUGGCACAGUCAGAGUAUGGGACACGGUGGGGGAAGAUCGAACCUUGAAAGGAGAAUACAAGGUUAUCGGAGGGCGGAUUAAUGAUAUUGCCUGGGACGGUGAGAGUAAGCGAAUCAUCGCUGUGGGCGAUGGUAAAGAGAAAUUCGGACACGCCUUCAUGAUGGAUACGGGGACAUCGAGCGGCGAGAUCAUAGGCCAUUCCAAGGCAGUCAACGCUGUCUCAAUUCGCCAGCAGCGCCCCUUCCGUGCCGCCACGGCAGGAGAUGACAGUUCGAUCAUAUUCCACCAAGGUGUUCCGUAUAAAUAUGAUAAGGUCAUCAAAACGCACACGAAAUUCGUUCAAGACGUUAGAUAUGAUAAUACCGGCGACCGAUUUGCUAGUGUUGGCUCGGACUCGAAGGUAUUCUUGUAUGAUGGCAAGACUGGGGAUACACUAGGCGAAAUAACAGAUAGCCCCCAUAAAGGAUCCAUCAUGGCCUGUUCGUGGAGCCCGGAUAGUUCAAGCCUCGUUACCUCCUCCGCGGAUUGCACUGUCAAACUAUGGGACGUGGAAACCAAGAAGGGGAUUACAACAUGGACAAUAGGUUCUGGCGUCAGCCAUCAACAAGUUGGGAAUGUUUGGAGUGGCAGCGAAAACAUCGUGUCACUUUCCAUGUCAAGCGACCUAAAUAUUUUCGAUAGACGAGCAAAUAGCGAUAAACCCACGCGUGUCAUUCAGGGCCCACAAAAGUCCAUCACUUCCAUCACGCCGUCUAAGGACUCUGGAACGUUCCUGGCUGGUUCCACGGAUGGCCGCAUCCUUUCGUUCUCGACAGCAACGUCUGAAUCCGACAGCGUUGAUGGGGAAGGCCACACCAACCUAGUGUCGGGUUUAGCCACAUCUCCCGACGGCACAGUAUACUCCAUCGCGUACGAUGACAAAGUGAAGGAGAUCGUGGCUACUGGCCAGUCUUUUACAGACGCAUCCGCGACCUUGAGUUCCCAGCCUCGCUCAGUAGCCGUUGCCAGCGACUCCACAGUCUUCGUAACUGAGAUAAAGAGCAUCGAGGCAUUCAGAUCUAACCAGAAGAUACACACACAUCAACCUAAAUAUUCACCACAUGCCGUUGCUGCAAGUGGCGUCCUUGUGGCUAUCGGCGGUGAUGACCAGAAAGUACAUCUAUACCAGUGGGACGGAAAGGCACUGAAGGAGACAACCGUCUUAGAUGGUAAUAAAGGCACUGUUUCCGCGCUUGCCUUUUCGCCAGACUCCAAAUACAUUGCCUCUGGUGAUUCUACUGGUCGUGUUUGCUUAUUUGACGUUCAGGAGAAGAAGCUCGUCACUUCUCGCUGGUCGUUCCACUCGGCUCGCGUUAAUUCUCUAUCUUGGACCAGCGAAUCCAGACACUGCGCUUCUGGAUCUCUCGACACCCAUGUGUAUGUGUGGAGCGUGGAGCGUCCCAUGAAGAAUAUCGCCAUCAAGAAUGCUGGCCCAGGCGGCGUCAAUGUCGUCCUGUGGACGUCGGAGGACGCCAAGACGAGUAAGCUUGUAAGCGGUGGUGCAGAUGGGUGCCUCCGGGUAUGGGAGGUGACAUUCCACGCUUGA